UCUUUGAAAAACUAUUAUCUGGUGUCAACUUCUGCUGAUAGAGCUGUACCCGUUAAAUAAGCCCGUGAGCUUCAGUAUCACGCCCAGUUGAAAAUGUCGAUCUGGCUGGUAGCAUUCCUGGCGUUGUUCGCCGCCUUGGCGCACGGUAAACCCGGAUACGGGCCUGGAGAGCAGGACUGGGGCUAUGUAGACGUGCGUCCCGGUGCUCACAUGUUCUACUGGCUGUACUACACCACUGCUAAUGUUUCGAGCUAUACCGAGAGACCUCUGGCCAUUUGGCUGCAAGGAGGUCCUGGUGCCUCUUCGACGGGAUAUGGAAACUUCGAGGAACUCGGUCCCGUCGACUUGUACGGCGAUUGGCGCAGCUGGACCUGGGUGAAGGACAUGAAUGUCCUUUUCAUUGACAACCCCGUAGGCAGUGGUUUUAGCUACGUGGACAACACGGCCUUCUACACGGCCACCAACAAGGAAAUCGCUCUGGACUUGGUUGAGCUGAUGAAGGGAUUUUAUACCCUGCACCCGGAGUUCGAGGAGGUGCCGCUCCAUAUCUUCUGCGAGAGUUACGGCGGAAAGAUGGCUCCAGAGUUUGCCCUCGAACUGUACUACGCCAAGGAGCGCGGUGAAGUCAAGAGCAACCUGACUUCGGUGGCUUUGGGAGAUCCAUGGACCUCGCCCAUCGACUCGGUGCUCGCAUGGGGUCCUUUCCUUCGGGAAAUGGGAAUCGUGGACCACGCGGGAUACAAUGCCAUUCAGGAGGCGGCUAACCUCACGGCUCAGCUGGUGGAGGAGGAGCGAUGGAUUCAGUCCACCUAUCAGUGGGGCAACACCCAGUGGGAGGUGAUGAAGGCCUCUAAGGGCGUGGACUUCUACAACGUGCUGAAGGAGACGAAGGGUGGUCUCUACCAGAGAGCAAAGGCCUUGACCUCCGAAGAACGUCUCUAUCGCACCAUGGUGAAAUACGAUAUUGACGAGGAUCGAACCCAGUUACUGGAGGAACUGAUGCGGGGCCCGGUUGCAGAAACCCUGGAAAUACCCUCGAAUGUCGUCUGGGGAUCGCAGAGUGGGACCACCUUUGACAUCCACAGAACCGACUUCAUGAAGCCGGUCAUCCACAUUGUGAACAAACUGCUGGAGAAGACUCCUCUGAAGGUCGGCGUAUUCUCGGGUGGCCUGGAUUUGAUUUGUGCCACACCGGGCACCGUGAACUGGAUCGCCAAGCUGGACUGGAGCCGAAAGGACGAGUACCUGGCCGCUCCGCGCAACGCCAUCACCGUGGACCGCAUCUUGGAGGGCUAUCAGAAGACGGGCGGCAACUUCACCAUGUUCUGGAUCAACCGAAGUGGUCACAUGGCUCCGGCGGACAACCCAGCGGCUAUGAGUCACGUGCUUCGGGAGUUUACUUCAUUUGGGUAAAUUCUCUUAAUGAGACUAUAAUAAACUCAGUAUGCAAGCCAGUUGGUCUAAAAAUA